AUCCGCUUGACAGAUAAAUAUAUGCGCAAUCUGAGAUUGCGCAUCGUCUAUUGCUACGGUAAUCUAGCUACACGAUGUUGCUAUCGUUUGGGACCUUUUCAAUCCGUUCGAAAUAUGGAAAUAAAUCAACUUCUUCCAACUUUAGCGGCUGAAGUGGCUACUCUCAUGUUGAUACUCAUAGAAGAAGGAGACGAAGAACUGCAGCAAGAGGAAAAUGCACGGCGCUGCUGGAUGACUGAUCUAUUUCUGGAGAGGGAAAGCGUUUGGACCCGGCUAUUUAGGGCGAUGGAUGGCGAAGGACCAAAUAACCAGCUAGAAAGAUUCCUAGGUGUGAAUCGCGAAGAAUUUGACUAUCUUUAAAUCGAAUUGGUCCAAAAAUUGAGCGACAAGAUACAACGAUGCGACCUUCGAUUUGCCCGAAGCAACGAUUAUGCAUCUGGCUUCGCUUUUUAGCUUCGGGAGACUCAUAUGAAUCUCUUGCUUUUUUGUUUAGGGUAAGUUUUAUGCAAUAUGUGAACGAUAUAAAUUGAUAAUAAUAUUACCAUUUG